CAAUUAUCUCCCUUCCCUGCCAAUUGCUCCCAAUAAAUACAAAUUAUUUAAAUUUUCAGUGAUUAAACUACUAACGAGGCAGUCAUAUCAGUUCACACUUUUAAAGAUAUGGAUGAACUAAAGAUACGAAUUUUAAACCACUUACCGGAUACGGCAAAAGUUAUAGCUGUUUCUAUAGAGUUAAUAGACGAUUUACCGUCGUCGUAUUUAAGUCUUCAAAAAUCCUGUUGUGAAAGAUUUUAUGCUGAAGAUUAUAGUGAAUGUAUUGAAAAAUCUAAACCAUUAUUAGAUUAUCUGUGGGAAAAGUUGAAUACAGGGAACUGGAAAGAUGUCAAUAUGACAUGGCGAGAGGCGUACUAUUUGGUAUCAAUCCUGAAAGGAAGUAGCCAAGCCAUACUGGCUACUGAUAACAGAGCCGAAGAGAAGAAUACCCAUAGUAUUGCUGAUGCUAUCAAAACUUUUGACAUGGGUUUACUGAUGGGAGCACCUAUUUUGAACAAUGUUUUAACAAAACUUGUCCAAGAUGUACACACAUGCUUAGAGAAAAUUGAAGUUAGUGAAAAAAAAUCAGAACUUACCAGCAGAUAUAUUGAUAACGAUAAAAGUGUCCACAAUGACGCCAAUCAGUUGAUGAAUAAGAAAUUGAAAACGGAUACGGAAAUAUAUAAAGUGAUAGAAGAGGAAAUUAAAAUCAAAAUUGAUAAGAAUAAAGAAAUAAAACGAGUGAGUUGUCCAUCGCUUGAAUAUUUUAGUGCUACUUUUAAAGAUAACGGAACUCCGGUUAUAAUAACAAAUGCUAUAAAUCAUUGGCCAGCACUGAGUACAAGACAAUGGUCGUUAGAUUAUAUAAGAUUAAAAGCAGGGUUCCGAACUGUUCCAAUAGAAAUUGGUUCAAAAUAUACAGAAGACAACUGGACACAAAAGUUAAUGACAAUAAAUGACUUUAUUGACAAAUUUAUAUUGGGUUCUCAGAAUCAAACCGGAUAUCUUGCUCAACAUCAGCUGUUCGAUCAGGUCCCAGAACUGCGUAACGAUAUUGUAAUACCAGACUACUGUUGCCUAGGUAACUCAGAAGAUGUUGAUAUCAAUGCUUGGUUUGGACCAAAGGGAACGAUAUCCCCUUUACAUCACGACCCGAAACAUAAUUUUCUUGUGCAGGUCGUAGGUUCUAAAUAUAUACGACUCUAUUCUUCAACAGAGAACAGUAUGUUGUACCCUCAUGAUACGUUUUUACUUGAAAACACAAGUCAAGUCGAUGCAGAGAACCCCGACCUAGUAAAGUUUCCAUUAUUUAAUGAAGCAUUAUUUUCUGAGGCAGUUUUGAGACCUGGUGAAAUGUUAUACAUGCCUCCUAAAUACUGGCAUUUCAUAAAGUCAUUACAUGUAAGUUUUUCCGUAAGUUUUUGGUGGGAAUAAAAAAUAUUUACUAAAUU